AUGACUCUGGAUGAAAAUGUAGGUGAUCUGACUACUGGGAGAAAGGUUCUGGAAUAUGAGGCUUUUGUCAAUGAAGUUUUAAAGAGGGACCUGCAGAAAGUUCUAGAACAGCGCGAUGAAAUCUAUGAGAAGAUUGCGCAGCAUCUCCAACUCAAGAACGUCAUCGAACGGCUAUAGGAGGGGGAGACCAAGAGCCUGAAGAUGCAGGUCGACCUGGGAUGUAACUUCUACGUUCAGGCCAACGUACCGGACGCCUCGAUGAUCUUCGUCUCCGUAGCCUAUGGGUUCUUCGUGGAGCUGACCUUCGCCGAGGCGCUCCGCUUUCUGGAGAGGAAGACCCAGCACCUCAACGAGUCAGCAGCCAGACUGACGAACGACUCUGCGAAGAUCAAGGGGACCAUCCGCAUGGUCCUGGAGGCUCUCUGUGAGCUCCAGGGAUUCCAGGACUUGCCAGAGAUGGAGAAUCGCAGAGAGAUGUUCUGAUAGCCCCUGUCAGGG